GCGAGCGUACUGCAAUAUAGUUCCUGUUCUCGGUGAUUUCCGCGUACUCUGUAUAAACAUUGAGGACUGAUUCGUGAUUCGUAAAGAGUUGUGGAUUCUCAGCAUUCGGUGCAAGCGGACUCCAUACCUAUUGGCUAAGACAAUGGAGAGGCCCAAUGAAGCAUCGCUAAGCAGCCACCGUCACGUCAAAGAAAAGAGGUUAAUGCUAGAGGAAGUGUCAGACACUGACACAAACAGCUGGUCUUGGAGUCCAUCAGCGACCAAGCUGUCGUGCGUCUUCCCUCGAGGCUGGUCCUGGAGUCCUGUCGCAGGACGCGAGCCAGGCGGACAGCCCAGCUGUUGGUCAUGGAGUCCGUAUCUCAGGCUUACACGUCAGAAGUUAUGUACGAAGUGGUCGUGGAGUCCUCAUACCAUAGACAUGUCAACGCAAGUGGCAGCUUUCAAAGCUCUAAGAAGGUCGUCACCAACAAACAAAAUUAAAUGCUUUAAACAGCCGAAGAACUGUGGGAAGGAAAGGCCACCUCAUGGACGGCUGUUGGUGCAAGUGCCAUGUGAUGGUGAUGAUGCACAAGAUUUGACAUCAGUGACAGAUUUCCACCCAGCCCGAGAGGGAGAAAUUUGCCAUAGCCCAUCCUUGUUUUUCACGGAACUAAACCUCCAAACAUGUGAGAAUGGCCUCAACAAAGACACCGAUGAGCUAUCUGUUUCUUCAGAUUGCAGUGUUCUGCAAACAACCACAGACAGUUCACAGAAGUUCGAAAAUAAAGUUAUGAUGGAAGUGGCAAAUGGAGAGAUUUCUUGUACUUCAGAUCCGUCAGCUAAUGAAGAAAAUGGAAAUGAAUCACUCGUUGCAGAUGGAACACCAUUAGACAGAACUGACUUGAGUUCCCCGUUGCCACCAGUCCUGGCUGCCACGACAACCCUUGCUGAAGGCUCCAAGAAAGCCCAGGGAAAGCUUGUAGGUGAUGACGCUUCUGUUCCAUCCACUACAUAUGUUACUGAUGGCAGGACCAGUAACCAAAACAACAUAUUAGGACAAAUAAUCAACCCAAAGGAUUCUGAUGUAGAGCAAUCUCUGUGUAGUAUCACUGAAAUAAAUGUUAACUGCAAUUAUUCUUCACGUCUGGUUAACAGUGAAAACAGUAUGACUGCUGAGGCUCACUGCCGUGAAAGUAGUAGUAAUCUCUGCAAUAAAAUUGGUAAAGCAAAAUUUUGUGUGAACAAAGACAAAAUAAGUAUUAAUACUGACAUUCUUAAUGUAAGUUGUGAAGUGAGUAGAAAGUGUCAAGUCAACGCCAAUGCUGAUGGUGAAAUUAAUUUAAUCGAGGCAAUUAGUACUGGAAAUACUGAAGGGUCAGUCUUAUUUAUGAACGCAGCUAACAACACGGAAGAGUUUGGUGAUUCACUAUAUAAAGAAAAUACAAAAGAAACAGAGUAUGGGGAAUCGGCAAUAAAUAAUGAAAGUAAUAAGGCAAGAAUAACGAGUGAUAAAACAGUUAGUGAUGAAGAUAUAGAUUCGUCAGCACUAAAUGCUACUGAUGAUACUACAGGGGAAACGCUUGUUGAAAUGCUGGAAGAAAAUGAGACUGUAGUUGAAGAACACAAGGCAUUAGGCCACCCAUUGCUACUCACUGACGAUGAUGAAAUGCAAGUUGAUACAUUAACAACCAAAGUUUCGGAACAAGUUGAUGUAUCAGAUGAUUCAUCACCACUAGAUGAUUUUGAAGAGCCAGGGAAUGAAAAUUUGCAAGUGGUUAAGGAUGAAGGAAGCAAGAAGCUGAUUAAAACAUCAACAGAUGCAGUAAAUUACAUUUUAUCAACAGAAAACAGUGCUAAACAGUGUUCGUCAGAAGUUACUGAAAACGAUGCAAGAAGUAAAAAAUUGAUCACGUCAUCAAUAAGGGAUAUUCCUGUUAAUGGAGCAAGCGAGAAUGAUCCAGAUGACUUAUCAAAAGGUGAGUGUGGACUGGAUGUGCCAGUAUCGAGUACUGCAGAACUCUGUUUUGAUGAUCAAAGAGAAAAGUUACCUCUUUCACCAAAUGAAAAUUCAUCAAAUAAAGCCGAUGAAGGUAGUGACAUAUUAACACAUGGUACUAUUGAUACAAUAGCUACUCAGAGGACAAUAGAUGUUCGUUCUGAUGUUGCAUCCGAAACUACUAUGCUUUGCAGUUUACUGAUGGAUAAAGCGCACGAUAUCGAACCUACCUGUCAAGCAUCAUUCGAUUCACUAAGGAUGAGCUAUGAAAUUGAAAACAAAGAAAUUAAUCACAAAAUUCACUCGCGAACAAGACUGUGGGGUGUACCUUCGAAAUACACAGGUAAACGCAUGGAAACAGAGAAUGCUGACAAUUCUUUGGUUUCCAUAAGUAGUGAGAUGGUUGAAAGCAUCCCAGAGCUCCCAGAUUAUGCACAUCCUGUAAAUCAAAUUAAAGGCAUAAAUAAAUUUGUGUCUGUUGUUUCCAAUAACAAACAUGUAAAUGAAGAAACUUUUGAUGAUUACCUUCCAAAACCAGCAUCUGCAUUUGGAGAAUAUGGGUGUAGUGACUUUGCUAAUAACACCAAAGUAUCGGACACGUCGCAAGAACAUAAUGCUUUGACUUUUCAGAGCUCGAGUGAUGUGUCUGACUUAGAAGCAAUGAAAGGAAAAUGUUCACCUGAUGGUAGUUUUCCAAUCUUAGCAAGUCAACUAUCUUCAGCUGUAAAUUGUAGGGAAAGUCAUAAUCCUAAAUUACAUGAUGAACAUGGUACCCCAUCAGAGAAUAGCUUUGAUAUUUCUGAAUCCAGUAACAGGUUUCUAGACUUGGAAGAGCAAAUUUGGAAUCCAAAGUCUGUAUUAAACAUUCGAUAUAUAUCAUCAAACAUGAUAUGUAAUACAUCUACAACUGAAGUUGAAUCCAGCAGUGCAUUAAUAAUGGAAGUUAGAUCAAAGAGUGUAUCACCAACAGACGUUGGGUGCAAGAGUGCAUCACCAUCAGUUAGAUUGGAGAAUGCAUCACUAACAGAAGUCAGAUCCAGAAAUGCAUCGCCAACAGAAGUUAGAUCAAGGAGUGCAUCGCCAUCAGAAGUUAGAUCCAGGAGUGCAUCGCCAACAGAAGUUAGAUCCAGGAGUGCAUCGCCAACAGAAGUUAGAUCCAGGAAUGCAUCGCCAACAGAAGUUAGAUCAAGGAGUGCAUCGCCAACAGAAGUUAGAUCCAGGAGUGCAUCGCCAACAGAAGUUAGAUCCAGGAGUGCAUCGCCAUCAGAAGUUAGAUCAAGCAGUGCAUCGCCAACAGAAGUUAGAUCCAGGAGUGCAUCGCCAACAGAAAUUAGAUCAAGGAGUGCAUCGCCAACAGAAGUUAGAUCAAGGAGUGCAUCGCCAACAGAAGUUAGAUCCAAGAGUGCAUCGCCAACAGAAGUUAGAUCCAGGAGUGCAUCGCCAACAGAAGUUAGAUCCAGGAGUGCAUCGCCAACAGAAGUUAGAUCCAGGAGUGCAUCGCCAACAGAAGUUAGAUCCAGGAGUGCAUCGCCAACAGAAAAUAGAUCAAGGAGUGCAUCGCCAACAGAAGUUAGAUCCAGGAGUGCAUCGCCAACAGAAAAUAGAUCAAGGAGUGCAUCGCCAACAGAAAUUAGAUCAAGGAGUGCAUCGCCAACAGAAGUUAGAUCCAGGAGUGCAUCGCCAACAGAAAAUAGAUCAAGGAGUGCAUCGCCAACAGAAGUUAGAUCAAGGAGUGCAUCGCCAACAGAAGUUAGAUCCAAGAGUGCAUCGCCAACAGAAGUUAGAUCCAGGAGUGCAUCGCCAACAGAAGUUAGAUCCAGGAGUGCAUCGCCAACAGAAGUUAGAUCCAGGAGUGCAUCGCCAACAGAAGUUAGAUCCAGGAGUGCAUCGCCAACAGAAGUUAGAUCCAGGAGUGCAUCGCCAACAGAAGUUAGAUCCAGGAGUGCAUCGCCAACAGAAGUUAGAUCCAGGAGUGCAUCGCCAACAGAAAAUAGAUCAAGGAGUGCAUCGCCAACAGAAGUUAGAUCCAGGAGUGCAUCGCCAACAGAAGUUAGAUCCAGGAGUGCAUCGCCAACAGAAAUUAGAUCAAGGAGUGCAUCGCCAACAGAAGUUAGAUCCAGGAGUGCAUCGCCAACAGAAAAUAGAUCAAGGAGUGCAUCGCCAACAGAAGUUAGAUCCAGGAGUGCAUCGCCAACAGAAGUUAGAUCCAGGAGUGCAUCGCCAACAGAAGUUAGAUCCAGGAGUGCAUCGCCAACAGAAGUUAGAUCCAGGAGUGCAUCGCCAACAGAAGUUAGAUCCAGGAGUGCAUCGCCAACAGAAGUUAGAUCCAGGAGUGCAUCGCCAACAGAAGUUAGAUCAAGGAGUGCAUCGCCAACAGAAGUUAGAUCCAGGAGUGCAUCGCCAACAGAAGUUAGAUCCAGGAGUGCAUCGCCAACAGAAGUUAGAUCCAGGAGUGCAUCGCCAACAGAAAUUAGAUCCGGGAGUGCGUCACCAAAAAAAGAUGAAGUAUGGAGGGCAUUCAUACAAAGUUCCAAGCAUAUACUACCUUUAGUUUCACUAUGUUUAAACGCCCCCUCGCAACUCACAUCCUAUCCUUAUUUAGGAAACAUAUCAAGUCACCCUGAACUUAAAAGGGGAAAAAACUAUGGAUGCUGGGAAAUAUCAAGAUCUCAAAAUGAUAACCAAGAAAAUCCUUCUUCAGAUGAUACAGGUCCGGAAUCUUUUGAUCCUCUACCAAGCAGGAAGAGAUUAAGGACAACCGCUUCACCUGCAGAUGAACCCGAUGGGAAAAUAUCUAAAACUGAAUUUCCAUCCAGUGAACCGUCUCCUUCGAAUCAGGCGCUAAAAAGACACCAAAGUAUGGCGGAUCCUGAGUCGGGGAUGAAACGCCCAAGGUUGGAUUCUUCGGUAACUGCUCCGGGAAAUGCAAGUGGUUUGGGGCCAAAGGAAAACAGCGGCCAGUGUAAUCCUUUGGCUGCAACUCUUGCUGCAAUAAUAGAAAAAUACAAAAAUGGACGCAAUGUGCAACAUAAGGGCCUCUCAAAUACUGUAAAAAAAUCAAAGAAAUUGCCUCAUUGUACAAUGAUCACAAGAUCAAUAGCAAGGCUUAUAUCAAAGAGAUCUGCAAAUCAUAAUUACAUCUAUAUUUCUCAGAAAAAGAUGGAAGUAUUCAAAGCUGCAGCGGACGGAGAUCUGAAGAAGGUUCAGAAAAUGAUCCGAGACACAGGACCUACCCUGAGGGAAGAUCAGACCGGCUUUACACUCCUUCACGCCGCUGCUGCCAAUAAUCAACCAGACGUCGUAAUGUUUCUCUUGAAGCUGAUCGACCCAAAUAUAACCAACAACCAGGGGCAGACUCCUGCUCACGUGGCUGCCAUCAGGGGCCACAUUCAAGUGCUGAGGAUUUUGUUAUCCGACGAAGAAAUUAACCAUGAAAAGAAGGAUAACUUCAGAAUGACGUAUAAAGACCUGUUGUGUGUACCACUGAUCGAGGCGGUGCUGCAAGGCAACAUCGCCAUGGCUCAUGAGGUGCUGCAGCUGGGUGCUAACCCUGACUGCUACAUUGGCCACUUGAUGAAGGAUGUACUGGAGGCUGAACUGCGCUUUGACACGCCUCGUCAACUUGCCCAUAAAACCAACCAAGAACACAUCAUAAACCACUUUAUCCAGACAUGCGGCAAAAUGAGAUCAAGCAAAACUACAACACAGGAUAGUGCUGCAGUGCCCCUAUGGAAUACCAAGGGCCAACUCCUGAGAAGUCCGCCAAGCCCUACUGUAGCAGCAGAAACACACCCUGUCGCAAGAACGAACGGUUUCAGGGUGGAUUCAAAUUGUAGAGGUUUUGUGUGCAUCCUUAACUACAACUCGUUUUGCGGUCGCCCAGAUCUGAGUCUCAAGACCGCAACGAAAAAUGUUUCAGAUUUAUCAAGCGUAUUUCAGGAAAUGGGAUAUUCUGGUCGUACCUUUACUUCUCUGACCGCAGACGAAACAAAAAAGGUUUUGGCCGAUGUUAGAGACAUGGAUAUCCUUGAUGAAGUUGGGUGUGCUGUCUUCAUCGUUACUAGCCACACAACAAGGAAGGAUAACUUUUUAACUUCUGAUCUCAGACUGCUGGGAACUGAAUGGCUUCAGGAGUUGUUUAAGGAUUCAGAGUGUCCUAAACUCAGAAAUAAACCCAAAUUAUUUAUUUUUGACUUUCACUGCGGACGGUUUAGAGAACAGUAUAAGUACUUGCAAGCCCCAAGCAAGAUAAAAAGAUUCAGUGAACCAUUGCAAGAUAUGAUGUGCCUGCAUUCCAUCACUAAAGCAGGUAGCUUUGUCGAGGAUAGGUCUCCGUUCAGCACCGCCCUCUGUGCCACUUUAGAGCGCUGUGCUCACGACAAGGAACUGGGAGAGCUGUACAGGGAGCUCGUGCAGGAGUGCGCCAACACCUCACCGACGUCCGUGCUCGAGCUAAGGACUUUUGGCUUUACUAAGGAGUUUUUCUUCCGCUCAGAAACCCAUUCCUCUGGACCAGGAUGAAACCUAACCCGCAAAACUGCAAACCGGUGCACUCAAAUUUUUACUGCUUAAUAAUACUUCUAUUACUAAAUCAUAUAAUACGCCUGAAGAGAGCUAACGCUGUAGAUUAGAUUAAUCGCAGAUUAUAUUAGUGAUAUUUUCAAGAUAAUUUUCACUAAAAUAUACUGUAAUAUACUGUGUGUGUAUUAUUUACUUGAGUAUAUAAGGAUAUGCCA